AUGAAGGUUACAACAUCACUUUACAAGCAACUUGACUGGUUCAAAAAUGAGGGUUCAGAAGAAGAAAAGAAAUCAGCAAAAAGAAUAUUGCAACAAUUUAAGAUAAGGUCAUGCUUUUGCAAGUUACGUGGCAGUUGUGACAGGGAGCAUGGGGGACUACAGUUCCUGGACUAUGGUUCCACUCUGUUACAACUGGGAUUGAGGAAAACCACUAGACUAUGGUUCUUAAAUGGUGAUGGACUACAGUUUCUCCAAUAUCUUUUCAUGAACUUACAGAAAUGCAUUUAUAAGUUUUGGACUAGUGUGAUAGCUAAGAGGCAUGCAAACUUAGAAGAGGUAAAGGUUACUACAAAAGUUC